AUGUGGGCGUAUUGCAGAGUGUCAGGCUUUAAAAACAUUGCCGCUGGAGUUGGCUGUAUACUUUGGUUAGCUGACUGGCUGCGUGGUUGCACCCUCAACCCUAACCGGGCAACUCCUCGUUGGUUGGUUGUACCGAGGAGAGAGGGAAAGGGGGGCGCUCUGCAAAUUGAAGAAUCUGAGGUCGAUGAUCAGGGCCAGUACGAGUGUGUGGCUAAUAAUACUGUUGGUACUGAGUAUUCUGAGGCUAUUCAGCUUUACGUUAGAGUGAGACGUUUACCACCGAGUUUUUCCAUCCCACCCCCGUCUGUCAGCGAAGUGAUGAUGGGUGCUUCUUUGAACUUGACGUGCGUCGCGGUAGGUUCUCCGAUGCCUUACGUUAAAUGGCGCAAGGAACCUUCCACGGAAAUGACGCCCGAAGAUAAAUUGCCCAUUGGAAAAAACGUGCUGUAUCUUACGGAAAUAAAAGAGUCCGCAAAUUACACCUGCAUCGCUGCUAGUGAUCUUGGACUCAUUGAAGCUUCUUCGAUGGUCAAAGUUCAAUCUUUACCGGGAGCACCCGAAAACGUCCAAGUAUCCGAAAUAACAGCAACAUCCGUAAAACUAACCUGGUCUUACAAAAGACCAGACGAAUUGCAAUACUACGUAAUCCAGCACAAGCCGAAAAAUGCGAACCAAGCUUUCGCAGAGACAUCCGGAAUUACGACAAUGUAUUACCACGUAAGAAGUCUCAGUCCGUACACAGACUACGAGUUGUACGUAAUUGCUGUUAAUGUGAUUGGACGAGGUCCCCGGAGUCACCCCGUGUACGUCACCACCGGCGAAACGACGGAAUCAACAAAUGGAGGUUCCAGACCUGGUUCAGCUCCACGCAAAGUCCAGGUUCGACCGCUGAGCUCUAGUACUAUGGUGAUACAGUGGGACGAGCCAGAGACACCCAACGGCCAAGUCACGGGCUAUAAAGUGUACUACACGACGGACCCGAACCAGCCGAUGGCCUCCUGGCAGUCCCGGGUCGUGGACAACAAUCAGCUGACCACUGUAUCGGAUCUUACGCCCCACACAAUGUACACGAUCCGUGUGCAAGCGUUGACGAGCGUAGGUCCUGGUCCACUGAGCCAGCCAAUACAAAUAAAGACACAGCAAGGGGUGCCGAGUCAGCCGGAAAAUCUUUCCGUUGUUGAUGUCGGGGAAAACUCGGUCACGCUUCAGUGGAGCAAACCCGCUCAUAGUGCUGAAAAUAUUCUCAGCUAUGAGCUAUACUGGAACGAUACUUAUGCUCAGGAAAAACACCACCGCAGAAUCGGAGUUACGGAAAACUACACUCUAACCGGUCUGUACCCGAACACCCUGUACUACGUGUGGCUAGCGGCCCGGAGCCAGCGCGGGGAGGGUGCAACCACCGUCCCAUACGAAGUUCGCACCAAACAGUACGUACCCGGGGCUCCGCCUCGGAAUAUCACCGGCCACGCCAUCAGCACGACCGCUAUUAAAGUCUCAUGGAAGCCGCCGCCGACCGAGAGCAGUAACGGACGGAUCGCGUACUACAAGCUCCAGGUCGUCGAGACCGGGCGCUCUGAUUCAGAGGCCAGGGUCAUCAAGCUUAACAGCACCGAGUUUGUUCUGGACGAAUUGAAAAAGUGGACCGCCUACAGAAUUUGGGUUGUCGCGGGCACCAGCGUUGGUGACGGACCGCCGAGUUACCCUAUCACUGUCAAAACUGAUGAGGACGUGCCAGGAAAUCCCCAGGACGUCACAGCGACGGCUUUAAACUCAACGACUAUCAGAGUAGAGUGGAAGCCGCCCCGAGUUAAUGACCAAAAUGGCGUCAUCAGAGGUUAUCAUGUUCACAUACAAGAGGUCGCUGAAGAGGGCAAGGACUUGCUGAACGAGCCAAUCCGUCAAGAUGUCCACGAAGAAGGCGUCCAUGCAAUCAACGUGACCAAUUUACAGCCAGACACUAAAUAUUACGUCCAAGUCGCGGCUCUAACGCGGAAAGGCGAUGGGGAUAGGUCGCUUCCUGUGCACGUCAGAACUCCUGGUGGUGUGCCAAAUAGGCCGCAAGUCAACGUCAAGGUAAUCAAUCAGGAUCCAAUAGUCCUCGAGCUGGAGUGGGCCAAGCCGAGCGAGCCAGCUGGGCAAUUAACGGGCUACCGCGUUAAAUACGGGAUCAAAAAUCAGACGUUGAAGGAAGAGUUUAUCAAAGACAUCAAUCAGGUUACUUUCAAAAUCAAAGAUGUCGAACGCGGCGUUCAUUACGAAUUCCGAGUUGCUGGAGAGAAUCAAAACGGAGUUGGCCAAGAAACAGUUCGCUACUAUGAAAGUCCAGAAGGUGAGCCUUCAGGCCCGCCAACAAACCUAACCUACUCCUUCCAGACUCAAGACACAGUUUGCGUGAAAUGGAGCGAGCCUGCGCGUCGCCAUCGGAACGGGCAAAUAAUUCGCUACGACGUUGAAUUUCACAAGAAGAACGACCACAGCACUAUUGAGGCGCGGAACACAACUCAAGAACGCGCUGUUUUUACAAAUCUUGAGGAAGCUACGGAAUAUGUCUUCCACGUGCGCGCACAUACUGUUCGCGGUUCAGGGCCGUACUCUGAGAAAAUCACGAUAGUUACGGAGAAAGAUAUCGGCCGGGCGCCACUGAACGUCAAGGCAGUGGCGACUUCUGAGUCAAAUGUCGAAGUCUGGUGGGAGCCAGUGCCUAAUCGUGACAAAAUUAUCGGGUACAAAAUUUUCUACACGAUGACAGCGGUGGAGGAUCUUGAUCAGUGGAAGCAGAAGUUGAUUGGCAUGACCGAGUCAGCUGAGUUGGAAAAUUUGGAACGCGACACUGCCUACGCGAUUGCCGUCGCCGCGAGGUACAAAAACGACGUUCUGGGGCGUCUUAGUCAGAAAGUCACGGUUAAAGUAAAACCUGAAGACGUUCCUCUGAAUUUACGCGCUUCUGACACUUCUACACACUCUAUGACACUCUCGUGGACUCCGCCAAUAAGACUGAACCCCACGGGCUACCAAGUAUCCUUCGAUGCGGUCAAAGAGUUCGUGGACUCUCAAGGAAUUACUCAAACCCAAAUUGUGCCUCGCAGAACUAUUCGCCUAGAUGCAACUGCUACUACCACGACAAUCGACGAACUCCAGCCGUUUACGACUUACAACGUCAACGUAAGCGCGGUUCCAGCUGACUCUUCGUACAAACCUCCGGCAAAAAUCACCGUGACCACUCAAAUGGCCGCGCCCAAGCCGAUGGUCAAGCCUGAUUUCUAUGGCGUUGUUAAGAAGGAAGAGAUUCACGUUAUUUUACCUCAAGCUUCUGAAGAAUACGGACCAAUCGCAUAUUAUUAUUUGAUAGUAGUUCCUGAGGACAAGGCUACUGCUCACAAGCAGCCUGAUGAAUUUACAGAGGAUGUUAUUACGGGAAAAAACGCAAAACAGGACCCGGAAAACGCGCCAUACAUCGCGGCCAAAUUCUCGCAUAGAACUAUUCCGUAUACUUUUCAGCUCGGCAGCGGGGAUGUUUACGAAGGCUUUGAAAACAAAAAGUUGGAUCCUACCAAACGGUACAGGAUAUUUGUACGGGCUAUUGUUGAUACUCCUAAAAAGCAUCUUUACACAUCAUCCCCCUUUUCGGAGUACUUAUCCCUCGAUAUGCGAGAAGUACCACCCGGUGACCCACCAAGCCGGCCAAAUCCAGACAUAUCUCCCGACGGGAACCCAGAAGUCUCUGUAACCAAUAGCGGCCAGGAACCCGGUAUGGUUUGGGUGAUUGGGCCAAUCAUAGCCGCCCUGAUGGUCAGCAUUUGCCUGGUUUUGCUUUUCGUAAUAAGGAAACGCAGACAGCCUUGCAAAGCGCCGGAUCAAGCAGCAGUAACACGUCCUCUGAUGGCCGCGGACAUAAGCUCGAACCACGCGCCCUCUGACCCGGUAGAAAUGCGCCGUCUGAACUUCCAAACUCCCGGCAUGAUGUCACACCCUCCAAUUCCUAUCAGCGAGCUCGGGAACCACAUAGACCGCCUGAAGGCCAACGAUAACCUAAAAUUCAGCCAGGAAUACGAGUCAAUUGAACCGGGCCAGCAAUUCACUUGGGACCAUUCAAACAUGGAGGUCAACACUUCUAAAAAUCGUUACGCCAAUGUCAUCGCUUACGAUCACUCCCGCGUUAUUCUUCAAACAACCGACGGAAUUCCCGGUUCUGACUACAUAAACGCGAACUACUGCGACGGUUACCGAAAACAGAACGCAUAUGUCGCGACUCAGGGCCCGCUCCAAAAUACUUUCGCGGAUUUCUGGCGCAUGUGCUGGGAACUGCGAACUAGCACCAUUGUAAUGAUGACCAAGCUCGAGGAACGAACGCGUAUAAAGUGUGACCAGUAUUGGCCGACUCGCGGAGCCGAAACUUACGGACAAAUGACCGUGACGAUCAGCGACAUUCAGGAACUGGCGACCUACUGCAUCAGAACUUUCCAAGUCUGUCGGAACGGCUACACAGACAGAAGAGAGAUAAAACAGCUGCAGUUCACCGCUUGGCCGGAUCACGGAGUUCCGGAGCACCCAGCGCCGUUCUUACAGUUUCUCAGACGCGUUAAAACAUUAAAUGUACCUGAUUCCGGGCCUCUGGUGGUCCAUUGCAGCGCUGGGGUCGGCAGAACUGGUUGUUUCAUCGUCAUAGACUCCAUGUUGGAACGUAUCAAGCACGAGAAAAUGAUCGACAUCUACGGCCACGUUACUUGCUUGCGCGCGCAGCGGAACUACAUGGUGCAAACUGAAGAUCAGUACAUAUUCAUCCACGACGCGUUGUUCGAGGCGGUGAUCUGCGGGUUCACAGAAGUUCCAGCUCGGAACUUGCACUCGCACAUACAAAAGCUGAUGCAAACUGAGCUGGACAACACCACGGGAAUGGAACUGGAGUUCAAGAAGCUCUCGAACAUCAAAGCGGACUCUACGCGGUUCAUUUCUGCAAACUUGGCGUGCAACAAACACAAGAACAGGCUUGUCCAUAUUUUGCCGUACGAGUGCACGCGGGUUUGUUUGCAGCCCCAGAGGAACAUGGAGGGCUCGGAUUACAUCAACGCGAGCUUCAUCGACGGAUAUCGGUACCGCGGUGCUUACAUUGCGACCCAGGGGCCGCUCAAUGAGACCACUGAUGACUUCUGGAGGAUGUUAUGGGAGCACAAUUCGACGAUUGUGGUCAUGUUGACGAAGCUCAAGGAAAUUGGAAGGGAAAAGUGCCACCAGUAUUGGCCCUCUGAUAGGUCUAUUAGGUAUCAGUGCUUCGUUGUUGAUCCGAUCGCGGAGUAUAAUAUGCCUCAGUAUAUUUUGAGGGAGUUUAAAGUCACUGACGCGAGAGAUGGCGCUAGUCGCACUGUCCGACAGUUCCAGUUUAUUGAUUGGCCGGAACAGGGUGUUCCUAAGUCAGGAGACGGGUUCAUUGAUUUUAUUGGGCAGGUUCAUAAGACCAAGGAACAGUUCGGGCAAGAUGGACCUAUCACGGUACACUGUAGCGCUGGAGUGGGGAGAACUGGUGUUUUUAUUACGCUUAGUAUUGUUUUGGAGCGCAUGCAGUAUGAGGGCGUUGUUGACAUCUUCCAGACCGUCAGAAUACUGCGUACGCAACGUCCGGCUAUGGAUCAAUACCAAUUUUGUUAUCGUGCUAGUUUGGAGUACUUAGGAUCAUUCGAUCACUAUGCCAACUGA